AUGGAGCGAAGCAACUCGUUCAAGAGACUGAUAGAUUUCUCCCUUCACUCUCUGGAUGAUGAAUUCCCCAUCUUGCCCGUGGACAGCCAAGAGCUCCCGCUGCUCAACCGAUCCACCAUGUCGCGGCUCUCUGGCCUGACAUGCUCUGGGAACCCUCCUCUCGAUGAGCUGGACUUGACGCAUGACGCAAGUUUGCCGGGCAAGGAGCUGAUGGAACUUGGCAAGACGUCUGAGGACAUGAGCAUGAGCAGAACAGCCAAGUCUGUCGACUGUCUCGGCCGGUCGUUCUCAGGUCUGGAGCACCUGCUGCACAACGACUGGCACCUGUCAGGAGAGCCGCCGGUGAGCAUGUGCGAUGGAGGACAGCAGAGCCAGGAGCUGAUGCUCAAGUACCUGGAGGAUGAGCGGGAAGCAAUAUCCUUCUUUGGCGAGGAGGCUGGGGAGGAGAGCGCAAACCCAUGCGAGCGGGUGCGGAGGGAGUACGAGGACGAGUCGUGGAAGAAGUUCAUGAUUGAUGAGAGCUCUGACUCGGACAGCAGCCCCUCCUUCCCCCUCUCCACCCCCGUCAAGGUCAAGGGCCCGGCCACAGAGUCAGGGGCCAGUCAGCAGCACCCCAAAGUUAUGGUGGUGGAGGCGAAGUACAUGUCCACAGACUCUCUCAAGGUGCAGCCGCCCUGCUGCAUGUCGAGAGACUCCAUCGCCAUGGCCAGCUCCAGGCGGCAAUGGCUGGAGGUGCUGCGCUCAGCGGGCACGGGAGGAGGAGGGAGGGGAGGGGAGAUGAGGGCAGCGGGUGUGAUCCUUGGGGAGCACCAUCAAGUGUUGAGGAGAGUGUUUGCCAUGGCUCCGGACCCCAGCAGGCUGCCGAGCAGCAGGCCUCUGGUUCGCGUGCACUUGAACGAGCUGGCGCCCAAGGUGGUGGAAGAGGAGGAUGUUUCCCUUGCUCGCCCCUGCUUCAGCCCCUUCGAGCCCGGGUUGAUGGCGGUUGCAACUUGUUGUAGAGCAGCAGCGUCAAGCAGCUCAGAGCAGACAGAUCGAGUCUGCGUCCUCAACGUGGCGAGGUCGCCGUUGGCCAAGAUCUCCUGCGCUGCCUCCUCAGAGUUGCCCCCUUGCCGCUACGUGAGCCUGGGGUGGAUCAGCGCGCAGGAGCUGCUCGCUGCCGUUGGCUCCAGGAUGGUGGUGAUGAAGUACGGGGAAGGGACGAUGAAGACCAGGUACAACCUCGCUAAGAUACACGACGAUGAGAUCACAGAUGUCAAGGUAACAUGUCUUGUGCUUGCUCGCCACUAUGCCUCGAUGGAAAGGUGGGGAGGAGUAGGCGUCAAGGAGAUGGAAGAGGACGAGGACGAGGACGUGGAGGAUGACGCGAAGCAGGAGAAGGAGAUGAAGAGAAGGAGGGGGGGGAGGGGGGAGGGAGAGAGAGGAAGGAAGAGUGAGAGGAGGAGGAGAAGAAAAGAGGAGGAGGAGGAGGAGGUGGUGGUGGUGGUGGUGGUGGUCGAGGAGGAGGAAAAAGCUUGCGGAGGAGUGAUCAAAGAGUGCAGCUCUCGUCGACUCUCGGAGAACUCUGUCUACAGAGCCAAGGGCAAGUUGCCGUCAUGCCAUUGGAAUCCAAGUUUGGCGAAGAUGGCGUCGGCAGUGACAGACUGCGGUGUGUUCCAUGUAUUUGACAUCAGAGCCGGAAAGUAUGAGAGGAACGUCGUGGUGCAGGUGAGGUCACAAGGAUUUUCUUUUUUGCGUACUUGUGACUACUGUGUUGUUGUUGCUGUUGUUGUUGCUGUUGUUGUUGUUGUUGUGGUUGAUCUUGUUGUUGUUGAUCUUGUUGUUGAUCUUGUUGUUCUUGUUUCUGUUGUUGUUGUUAUUAUUGUGUUUCAGUGCUGA